UAUGUGUGUGAACUCUGUUUAUUGGUUCAACUGUCAGUUGGUAAAUGUUGUGGAUAUUGUUGCCUGCUAAUACAUACACUGCAUAAAUGCGCAUUGCUUAGCAACCGAUCCGGUACCAAUGCCGCGUUGCGACAAUACGAUAUUUCAAAAAGAGUGGAGAAAAGAAACAACAACAGCAACCAACAGUUCGAGACGGUGCAUGAGAACGUUACGCUCGGUUAUUUAGUAUUGACGAAUGUGAUUUGUAGAAAUGGAAAACGAUAAAAAUUUUGAUCGCAUCGAAAAGUUGCCAUUCAAAAUAAAACAUAAUGAAAGUGAAGAACAUGGACUUUUAUUGUCAGUUCACCACACCGAAUUGGACGAUGGCCGUGAUAAACGGGUUCCAUUCAAAUUGGCGGGAUUCAGCAAAAACUCAGACAUUUUAAUUGCAAUUAGCAGCCGCAAGGAUCUAUUCGUAUUUGAUUUAACUGACGAAAAAUACUGGUGUUUUGAUGAAGUCUGUCAAAAUCUGUCAUGUUUUUGCUUUCAUCCACGCAAUUAUGCUUGUAUUUUGGUUGGCACAAAAUAUGGAUCGCUUUUGGUUGUUGAACUAAAAGCCACAAGUAAAAUUCAUCAAAGAAUCAAGGCGUUUGACAAUAGUAUUUUGGAAAUAAUCGGAAUUCAUGACUCUGUUGAAUAUUUCAUUUGUUACACUUCAACGGAAGCAUUGAUUUGCAGCCACAGCACAGAUGCAACAUUGAGAAUUGAGCAUCGGUUUUUCAAAGCAAUCGCAAUAAAAUCGAUUUUAACUAAAUUGGUGAUCAAAAAAAUCGUCACUCAUGUAACAGCUGAUAUGAAAUUGACAGUGGCGGUGCUUCUGAAUGACGAAUCGUUGUAUAUUUAUGGUGUUGGUUUGGAUAAAAUUGAUUCAAUCAAUCUAAUCAAGCACAUUCAUCCGAUUGAUCGAUUAGAUGUAUAUUUCAAACAUUCCGACCUAAAUAACAAUAAAAUCAUGGAUAAAAAGAAUGCUGCAAUGGAUAUUAUCUUCUUGGAUAUGAAAUUCCAUGAGAAUGGCAACGAGUUAUGGCUUAUGAGCAAAAAUUCUUACAUAAUCGUAAUCGAUGCACAACAAUGGCAUGUUAUAAAAGCCGUAUCGCCCGAAAAAUAUCAUGUAAAAAUGUCAUCAUUUGUAUCGUGUGCGCUGGCACAAGAAGUGAUACACAAAUCGUUGUCGUCGUCGUUCCAUAGUCUCUGCAUUGGCUUAACAAGUACUAAAAAAUUAGUGUUUUUGAGCGAAAGUAACACAAACGAUUCCAUCGAUUUCAAACCAUUCCUUCCAUGGAAAUGUGCCGCUGUAAAACGUUUCUCACUUUCACCGAACAGUAAAUUGUUGGCAUUAAUUUCUGUAGAUGGGUCAUUUAAAUUAUAUUCCAUCGAAUUCAUGCUACUUCAAAUUUUCCAAACAGUACAGCCGAAAAUCACCGCAAUCAAUCAUGAAAACAUGCAACUGAAUCAAAGCUUAAAUGCCCUUGAUAAAAAGGUAGCCAAGCUGUUGUCACGCCAACGUUUACUAACAAUUCUGAGUGAAUAUGGUGAAUAUCCAGCGCAAUAUCGUCAAAUUAUCUGGAAGUAUUUGUUAAAAUUACCCAACAACACUGAAGCCUACUGCGAUUUAUUGGAAAGAGGUCUUCACCCAUGUACUCGAUCAUAUGGACAAUCAUUUCGUGUAUUCGAUCCGGUUCUACAGAAGAAACUCAAAUGCAUCGCUUCCUAUUUAUGCAACUGGAGUAAAAUACUCGGUGUUUCAUUUGAUUUGGAAGAUCAUUUUCUGCCGUAUUUCAUUUUUCCAUUUCUAAAACUCUAUUCAAACAAUUUGAUGGUGUGCUUUGAAUUGGUUGCAACCAUUCUAUUGAAUCAAUGUAGCUUAUGGUUUGAGUUCAGUCCAUUGUUACCAAUGAACUAUUUGGGACUUAUCGAAAACUUGAUUGAUCAUUUCGAGCCUAAGCUCAUGCAAUUUUAUCGGCGUUCUUCGGUAACAAGUGUAACAUUUGCAUGGAAAAUGAUGCGCACUGCUUUCAGUGAUGUUCUGGUCGAAUAUCAAUGGUGUCAGCUCUGGGAUCAUAUCUUAUCAGCUCCAGCGUAUUUCCUUGUUUUCAUUGUGGUCGCGUUUAACUGUAUACAACGAUCGGCUAUUGAACGACUUGCCAAUGCAAAAGAAAUUCAUGCUUAUUUCGAUGAACCAUGUGCAAUCAAUAUACAUUACUGGCUACGAACGGCUUAUGAACAAAUGUCUAAUUGUCCAAUCGAUUUACAUCCAAAUCAAUAUAUACAACCAUUUGCGUGUCUUGGUGUUGAGAAACAAUAUUGCAAAAUAUUAAACUAUCCACGGAUCGAAUUCAAUAAACGAAUGGAACAAAAGAAACAACUACACAACCAAAUGCAAGUUAUCAAUCGCAAAUAUAUUGAAUUGGAGAAAUAUGAAAUGGAGCUCAUGCAACAAAUCGUAAAUGAUGUUCAAUGCCAAGAACAUCAACAACGCAUGCAAAAGGUGCAACUAACUUAUGAACUUUCCUUGAUAAAUCAACUGAAACGUAUCGAAAAUCAACGACAACACUUGAUACUAUCCGAGCGACAAUUAAAUGACCGAGAAUCCAUGAUGAAGAAAAUGAUGAAGCAAAAUGAUGCACAAAAUGAGGUUGACACACGUGAAAUUUACUUGAAGAGAGCGCUAUGUGAUAUGGUUAAAUCGAAAUUACGAGAUGAGACUGAGCUUCUUCGAGCAGAAAGUGUUUUUCGCAAACAGGAAAUUGAUUUGUUGAUCAAAGAGUGCAAUUUAUCGACGAACAAAUGAAUUCCGUACCUGGCUGCUACUACUCGAUUGAGAAUUAAAUGUAAAACCUAUGGCGAUUCCCAUUGAAUAAUGUAAACAAAAUAGAUUCAAUUCUCUGUCACCAUUAAGACGUGUUGUACACGAAUAUCAUUGCUGCGUUGAAUUUUUUUUUGUUCUUUUUAUAUUUCAUACGAUAAAACAAAGACGACAAAUACAAAUGGUGACCAAUACCUAACUCAUUUUUAAUUUAUUAUCAAUGCUUCUAUUUUAAAUAAAGACCUUUUUGUGUUUGUACCAUUUUCUAUUUGUUCAACUCGUGCGUGAUCACUACCAAAAUAGGAAACAAAUCGUGUUUUGAAUAAUAAAAAUACAAAGAAGUAUGCGGAA